AUGCCGAGGACGUUUCUUGUUUUGUUUUUCAUCAACAUUUUGGGUGCGCAUGUUUGCCAGGCGUGCGAGCCAGCCGAGAAUGAUGAAUUGAGCAUUGAGUCGAAGACUUACCUGGCCCCAUUUGUAGUUGAUGGGAAAGUUGUAUCUUGGAACAAGGGUAUGCCUGCAACAGUUAGCAGGAUCAGGGUACAAAAAGGCGGAGAAAACUUUACCCAAAAGGAGUUUCACGUGAUAGGGCUCGGCACUACCGAGCCUUGUAUUAUAGAACCAAUUAUAGAAAAGAAAACGUAUUUAUUUUUCCUGAAUAACUCAGAUGAUGGGAAUUACUUGGUAGUUGCAAAUCCAGUUGAGUCAACAUCAAAUAAUAAAAGGAAAGUACGCCAUUUCUUGAAAGAAGAAGUUGAAAAACCAAGUUUCAAGAAGGAGAUUAAAGACAGAUAUGUGAGUGAAGGAGACAAAGUGGCGAUAUCCUGCGAGCCCCUUGGUAAUCCCGUUCCCAAGGUGUACUGGAAAAAAGAUGGCGAGAUCAUAGAUACAUUAGAAGGUGUAAAAAUUUCAAAAAAAGGAAAGAAUAGACUGAGAAUCAAGUCUGUUUCCAAAGAGUUGCACGAAGGCAAUUACGAGUGCAUCGCAGAUAAUGGAGUCGACCCGCCAAUUUCGAACAAGCUCUUUAUGAACAUCUCAUUACCGUUGACAAGUGUUUGUGCAGUAAAUUGUGACAACGGAGGAACCUUGAAUCCAAAGAAAUGUAACUGCGCUUGUCCCGAUGGAUUCAAAGGAGACUUCUGCGAAAGUUCAGACAUUGUAACAACAGAACCGCCACCAGUCUGCGAAGGAAUGUCUUGUGGAGAUUAUGGAACACUCAAUGAAACGAGUUGUACAUGCAAAUGUGAUAAAUAUUACUCGGGGGAGUACUGCACAGAAGAUGAGACUCCCGCACCUUGUUUAUUGGAGUGCGAACAUGGCGAGCUUGACUCAGAAAAUUGUAACUGUACAUGUGAACUGAUGUACACCGGACGGACUUGUGACAAAAAAGAUGAAAAACCAUGUAGUAGGCCAGAUGUUUGUCUCAAUGGUGGAACUUGUAUGACAACGACAGAUGUAACUGUCAUUGAAGUCUGCUACUGCCCUGAGGGAUAUUCUGGAAAUAACUGCGGAACUAAGGAUUGUGAUUUAAAUUGUGGAGAACACGGGCAAUUGAAUACGCAAGAUUGCCAAUGUGUUUGCGACAAGGGCUAUAGGGGUGCUCUGUGCGAUGAUGAGAUAACAACAACACCAACAAAUAGUCAUUUGCGGAUGUGCACAGACGAAAAAUACAAAAGUGGUUACUGCUUUAACCAAGGGACAUGUUAUGAAUUUAUCAGUGCUCCAGACACUCAUCUUUGUUUUUGUCCCUCACCAUACGGCGGGAACCGUUGCGAGCUAUUAGUACCAUUUGAUUAUCAUGGCGGUGUGAACCCGAGAGGCCAAACAGGUCAGGAGGAUCAGAGGAAGGUUAUUGUUUACAUGACAGUAAUUUUUGUUGCAUUUCUGAUUACAAUCGGGCUCUGUCUGAUAUGUUAUCUGAGGUACAGAAAAUCAAAAGAGAAGGAACGCUAUGAAAAACAAUUUGAAAAUUUGCGGAAGCACAAUUCGAAGCGAUCAAAUGGAAUGAGUGGACAGAACAAGGACAUUGAAAACCAAAUGCUUUGGCUACAACAUUAUUUAACAAGACUUGGGGUUAUACCAGAAGAGGUUUUGAAUCAACGUCCAGAAAAUGCAUACGCUCAUCUUGUACCGGGGAUGGGGUCACGCAACUCAUCAACUACAAGCGCAGCACAGACUGUUAUUGAAAUGAAUCACUUAGCAAUUUCAAAGGGGUCACAGUUCAAUGAAAGUAGCGCACAAACUGGAAGUGCGGAGAAGGUAUCUCGACACGGUAGUGCAUCAAGUGAUCAUGGGAAAUCGUCACACUCGGGAAGCACAGGCAGCGGACAUCAUUCGCAGCACUCUAGUCCAGCAUCUUCUGGGGCAAGUCAGCGAAAACGGUCAGAAUACCAGAAACUACCAAGUGACGAUCAAGAUGAUUGUGGACUAAGGCGUCAGGGAGGAAGUACAAGUGUUCGAGAGCAUGACUUGUGCGUGUUGAAAGAUGAUAGCGACAGUGCUUCGGAAAAAGACAGCGAAGCAUCAAGCGGAUGCGGUGAUAGUAUAGAUAUCCCAAAUCCGCAGAUUCAAGCGUUCAAUACAUUACGCUCCAGUGAUCGUGAUAGUGCAGAGUACACUUGGGAUGACUAUGGGCAUAUCUCAAGGUUUACAUCAAAUGGGAUGAAAGGGGAUUCCCCCUUACAUCACCCAAUGGGUCGAGGACGGUUGUAUGGUACAAGCGGCGCACGUCCCAGCAUGAAUGUUGUAGCGAACCCAAUGAACUGUGGCCUCCAGAACAGUGCUAUGGUGGAAAGUUUGAAUAACCAAGGCGAUGCGUAUUAUCAACUGAAUAAUUUAGACAUCUCUUCAUCCCCAGCGGCUGUAUAGCAUGUAGGGAUAUUAACAUAUUGUAGAUAAAUACAUAUUUAUGAAUUAUAUAGUAAAUUCUCUAGUUUUUAGAGGUUGAAAGGGAUAUUAUGGAAGAGUGUGUGGAGUUUAUGAAAGAUUUGAAAAGCGAAAAAUUUGGUGGUUUUAAAUCAGAGUUUUAUUUGAAGGAAAGUCAAUAGUUUAAUAGACUGUUGGCUUUGAAGAAGUACUAUGGUGUUGAAUACUUGACUAUGGAAAUAGUCUAUUUGAAAGACUUUGGAGGGUUUUAGAGUUAUAGACUUAAAUUUGGAGAUGGUUCAUAAUGUGCAUUGCCUAUUAUACUUUGAAGAAGGACUACAGUUUUUAUUGACUGUAGUAAAUAGUAUGUGAAAUUUUUAUUUAAAAUCUUCAUCAUCAGAAUUAGAUUGAGGUUUUAGUAGUGCAACUUUUAAAAAAUAAUUUUUAAAAUGGUUUUAAUUAAAAUGACGAUGAAUGAAGAAUGAGUAAAAGUUUGCCAAAAGAGAAAUGGUUAAAUAAAUAUUUCAGUUGUUAAUAGUUUGUAUUUUUCUUGUUGCGUUGCUGUGGCUCGCAGUAGCCAUGGCAACUUGACGGAUUUCAUCUUGCACAGUAGAUACAAGUCACUCACAUCAUUCCCCGAGUCCACUGUGUAGUGUGUGUGUGAUGCGUUAAACGUUUUAAAGUUGAUCUGUAUUUUCUGCAUAGUUAUACAAUGUAUAUACACAGUUUACCUGUUUGUGAUUUCUCAAGAAAUAUAGAUACAGAUUUUUAAAAGUUCAGAGAUCAGAGUAUUAGUGUCAGAUUAAUGUUAGAGGUCAAAGUAUCAUGGGUCAUUUGAUAUAUUUUCCUUCAGCCCAGUCAUUCUUCUUUGUGAGAUUAUUAUGUAGUUAUGAAAUGCCUAUGCUGCUUGGCUGAAAAUUAAUGACAAGAAUUUUGUAACAUUUGAACAAAUAUGGUUGUUAUUGAAUUUUUGUUGUGUAUUAUUUUUGUGUAUGACCUUUUUAUGACCUUCACUAUACCUUACUGAUGAUGACUGUGCAGGCUAUGUUAAAAUAAAAUGAACAAAAAACAUAGAUUUCCAGAGUGGUAUGGAAUAUAUUAUUUGGGUAUUAUAUUAAAACAUUUUGAAAUCUAAGUUGCCGUACUCUAGUUUCUAUAGUUUAUCAAAGGCUUCAAACUAAUUUUCUGUAAAAAAUUUGGAAACUUGCCAAUAAUAAACAUAAAAAUAUUUAUUUACUUAUUAAAACUAUUGUAUCCUCUACUCAUACAUAUUUAGUUAUGAGAGUUUAGAUUUUUAUUAAGAACAGCCAAAGAUUUCAUUUAAAAUAUUGCUGGUAAUAAGAUUUAAGAAUUAGUUUUAAGAAAUUUAAGUAUAGUUAUAUUUGCCACUCUAUAUAAAAAUUUGGUGUACAACUUCUCCAAAUCUAUGUGUACAAUGAAUUAUUUUAAAUGCUGAAUAUAAAUUCGAAUUGAUUUUAAUGGAAAAAAUAUACUAUGUACCUUUGCCAAUUUCUAAUUUUUUAUCCUAUAAAUGUUAUAAUAUUCAAAUAUAUAUUGCCGCAAGAAUAAUAUUUGAUACUUUUAUGAACAUAAUAUCAGGGUUUUGGCUAACAGUUUUAAGUCAAUAUCUACUUAAUAGCUGUAAAAAGCAAUUGACAGAGGUUAGUGCCUAUAUAGGCAUGUUUAUUCAUGUUUAAUCAUGCAUAUUCAUAUAUUUCUGUAUAAAUUUAUAGCGUUUGUACUGGUAUCCAACAGUUUGCAUUGGUUACUGUAGUUUUUCUUUUCCAUGUAAGCAUGCCUUUACAGCUGCAACAUUCUAUAUAUUAUGUAUAUAUAGUAUGUACUGUAUGUAUAUACAAAUUCAAUAAUUACAUACAUUGACAUAGCAUCAUAUGAGUGUA